AUGGGAUUGGGUUGGGUGCUGCGGGAUGAGAAUGGGGGGUUCUUGGCGGCUAAGAAUGUGCUUGUAGCAGGAACUUAUUUGGUGAAGGAAGCCGAGGCCUUGGGUGUAAGAGAAGCUCUCAGCUGGCUAAAGGCUACGGGACUAGGACGUGUGGAUGUGGAAAUGGACUCACAACUGGUAUGUAAUGCUAUUCAUUCUGUGUCUUUUGGAUAUGCUUUUGGCUAUUUGGUGGAUGAUGUAAAGGGUUUGGCAUCUGAAAUUGAGGAUGUAAAAUUCUAUUUUGUUAAGCGAUCUGCGAAUCGUGCCGCUCACUGUGUUUCUAGGGAGGCCUUUUCUGAGUCAGGUUGCGGGGAGUGGCUGGACUCCCCUCCAUCUUUUCUUGUAAACAUUCUUUAUUCUGAUAUAAUGAAUUAA